ACUUUAGGGCAAUUGGUCUCCUCUCCAUCUUUCGCUUGCUCUUUCUCGACCUUAGUCGAUUAGAGACCGAGCUGGGCUGCGUCUUGGUUCGGUAGUUGUCGUUUGUUCUUUCUUCGAUUCGAGAACAUUCUUUCUUCGAUUCGAGAACAUUCGAGCAAACGAAGGGGAUUGAUAUCGGAAGGACCGAUUGAAGGCGGGAUUUUUACGGUGUUCAAGCUGUCUAAAGUGUUGGGAAAGUAGUAUCGGAAUAGAAAAGUUUAUUUUUAGGUCAGAUUAGGGCACGCUGAGAUUUUCCCGAUGCUUUUCCGGGGAAAUUGUUUUCUUUACGGUGGGCUUUCAUUUUCGUUCUACCUGCUAAAUUAAGUACACAACAUGGCGAAAGUUGCUGCAGCUAGUCCUUUAUCUUCUAGUUCUCUUCAAAUUGGCGGAGGUACACUACAGGUUGGCCCAAUGGUUAAAAGGAAGAAAACGUCGGAGCUGAGAGGAGAACAGUUGAAGCAGACCAACAUUGUGGAGCUUGUGGCUGAAUCUUCGGGCUCUUUUCCUGCUUCAACAUGUGAGGUGGAGAAUGGGAUCAAGAAACCGGAAUUGUCAAGGAAUCCAAGAUACAUUGACACUCGUGUGGAUGAAGUAUACCCUGCCAAAAAGUCCCGGUUGAGGACACUUUUUGGAAAAGAAAAUGCUAAGGAAAAUGUAAGCAGUGAACAACCUAGCAGCCUGAAGAAUCUUUCUGUGCUCUCUAGUUUAGCUGCCAAAAGACGACAGCAACUUUCAAGCCUUGAGAAAUUGGCCACUUCUGCUGGAGUUGCAAAAGAUGGUGGGGUCAAAACUUCCCAAACAAUUGAGAAGUGUAGUUUCAGUGCAUUUCGCACGGUUACGGAGCUUUCUUCUGGUGGCGAUAGAUCAUCUGGCUUGGCCGUUGUUGAUAUGAAUAAAGCUUUAAAAGGCUUGGCUGCACUUGCACCUGCUGUCCCUUCUGGUUCUGAUGUUGAUGGUGAUCCUACAUCAACAUUUUCAGGCAAUUUCCGCCCCGAGUGCUGUGUACCUGGCCAAAAAUCUCCUCUUGAUCUUACAUUAAAAACUAAAAUGAGGGUGAUAUCAUCUUCUUCAGUGAAUUGGAUUCAUAGGUCACUCUUAUGUAGUACCUACAAUGGUAUGCCACAGUUCACAUCUCACUCUGGAUUUUCUGGGCGUCCAAAUACUAGUAGCAAUUCAGGGCAUGUGUCAAAAUCCCCAUUCACAAAUUCUAAGGCAUUGCAUUCAUGGAUAUACCCCCAAUCUAACCUACCACCUUCUCUCAUAUCAGUGCUGACCUCAUCUUCAGUAGGCGAAGCCGAAACUUAUUUUCUAAGACAAAGGCAACUUGCUUGGGAGGAAUCAUUUCGAAGUCUAUACUACAUGCUUCGGAAGAGCAUCUGCAAAAUGUUUUAUGUUUGUACUUCACACUUUGUGGUGAUGUUCACCGUUGAUGAUGGCUUGGGAAGAACCAAACGAUCAUGUAAUGCUUAUAUUUCACAGUCAACACGAGGUCUGAGGUCAUUAUUGAGACAGCAUGAUGUUUCUUUCUCUAUGCCACUUUGUUAUUCUAAAGUAGAGCAAGCCACUACCGAAGAUCUUGUUGAGCUCUCCGAGAUUGAGAAGCAUAAUUUAGGCCAGACUCGACGCCCCCGUUCCUUGGCUGAUGUAGAUAAUACGCCAGAAUCUUUGCUGGCUUUUGGUGGAAAUGAGAAAGUUCAUGGGUUAUAUGAUUUUUUACUAAAUUAUAGGUCCUUCUUGACAUUUUUGGCGGGUGCAGAUGUUCCUGUGCUCUAUUCUCCCAUGCCAUUCCAAAAUGCAUCUAUUUCUGCACCUGAGAUUAGAUGUAUGGAGAUCAAAAGAUCUGAACAUAUUGCUGCUAUUCCUAGAGGAAAUAAUGUGAAUGUCACUGAAUCAAAAGAAGGUUCAACUGGUUUCACCUCUAGCAUUGAAAUUAAAGAUGCAUAUCUUACACCCUGGAUUAUCUCUCGGAUAUGUGCAAUCAUGGGCUCAGAAGGAGGGAAAUUUGAGGCAAACUUUGUGACGGAACGUACUUCAACUGGCUUGAAUGUUGCUCUUGGAACAUUCAGCGAGAAAUCUGAUUCUCUGGCCGCAUCAGAUGAACAUUGCUUAGAAAGCAGCUGUGCUUUUGGCAUUGCAGAAGCCAGAGUUGUUCCUUGCUUGCAUUCUGGCAUAUUGAAGAGCUUGAAGUACUGUAAUGGUUCGUAUACAGCUUCUCUUUCCCCUGUGUGAAUUUUUGCUUACAUGUUCUGUCACAACAGUAAAGAUGUUUUAAACUGUCAACGAUAUGCGCGGAGUAAGUUCAUCAUUGCCUAUUUUUCACUUCAUCUAGACCUAGCUCAUGAAUUUGAUACAGAAAUUACUGAAGUUAUAUGCAUUUCUACACAGAAUCCACAGUUCACAUAUUGGCUUUGUUUU